AUACGCCUCACCGAUGGUCAGCUUGCCAGCCCAGCAUGCACUGUAGCACCUCAGCUUACCUUAUCCAGGGUUCUGCCUCCCAUCUCGCACCAUGCAACGAGCAGAUCCUCGCAUCUUGGCUCCUCCCAUCGCGGCACCGCAAUGCACCUUGGUCUAGAUGAUGUCUAUCACUGGGUCAGCUUCCCGAUCGAGAGAGGCCGAUUUUUCCGGUCCAGAUUACUGCAUGCGACAUCGAUCCCUUGUUGUUCUCUUGAUUUCACCACGCCCUCUGAUACGGGUAUGCGUAAACGUGGACAGCAAAGGUCAACCCCUCACCAUGACAACGGGUCUCUACCACAAAUGUCAAGCCAAGGUGUAUCAAGGAGCGGAUUCAAGCGUCAAGCUGAAGCCUGA